UAUACAGAUCUAACAGUUCAGUUUAUUUAAACCGAACUUAUUUAAUUUGUACUACGAUUAACUGGUUAGCUGUGGUUUAGAUUUAGGUUUCUUCUUCCCGCUAGUUACAUUCUUUUCUGUGUCAAAGCCUCAUUACUUUUGAAGAUAGGCGGCCUUUUGCCGUGGGAGGCUCUCGCCGUCGUAGGCUCACCGCCGUCGAAGGCUCACCGCCGUCGAAGGCUCACCGCCAAGGUUCACCGCCGUCGAGGGCUCGCUGCUGUUGAAGGCUUUGUCGUACUCAUCGCGGAACUAUCGAAGGCUUUGUCGUACUCUACUGCCGAACUGUUGAAGGUUCUACCACCAUUGUUGAAGAUUCUAAGAACACUUCUCUUUUUAGCUGGAAAAGAGAAGCAAAUAUGGAACCCUAAGAAUAAUUUCUUCGAUUGCAGCAUUAAGAUCUGUGGAGCAUCACUUAAAUUUGGAUAAGCUCUAUGUUUUAGGCACAAAUUGCGGUAUGGAAAAGUGGACAACGGUACUAGGGAAGGGCUGGAGAAGUUUCUAAAAGCUGCCAGUGAAUCACCAGAAACAGUUCUACAUUAUGAGUUUAUGCAAGAUUACAAGGUUUUCAGCUGAGAAAUCCUUUCUGGUUUAGAGCAGAAAAGUUAUUUCUCAAGAAUAUAUUAGGGGCUGUAUUAAGAUGCAUGUUAGAGCUGUUGAAUCUGGUGAACGUGCUUUAGUGGUUGAUGAUUUGAUUGCAACCGGAGGAACACUCUAUGCAGCUAUGGAUUUGCCAGUUUGCUGAUGCAGAAAAAGGAUUAAAAGAAACUCUACAGGACAAAUAAUAGAAGAACAUAAAAUUGCAAAUUCAUUGGAUCGGAAGGAAUAUUUGUAAAGGUUUAGCAGAAGAAUUUUGUUGGGAAGUAGAUAGCCAAAUCACCUAAUUCAUAAUCCUGAUUAAGUUCCAUGGAAGAAGAGCAUCAAUAUUCUGAAAGUAGUGAAGAACUACAGACCCAGAAACCGGAUGAAGAAGAUCAACAGUUGCAGCAUGGGUACCAAAUACCUGGAGCUGAAGAGAAACUAGUAUUACAAUUUAUGGAUUCAGUGCAUAACUACUUAUCUCUCUUUGAUACAGUGUCCUCCACACUUCGACAGGGAUGGUUUGACUUGGCAAGUGCUCGACAUUCCAUGGGUGCUGCUCGUAUUAAUAGUUCUUUAUUGGACCUGAAAUUCCAUUCAGCUGCCACAACAUUGAAGAUAACCAACCAUGAUGGUACACAACCAUGCUUCAUGUUACGUAAAUGGGUAUCCUCCGAAGAAGAGAGUACUAACGAGUUAGAAGACGAGAAUGUCCAGCCACAAGAUAGUAGUAGUGUGAAAUCUUCCGCUGAGGUGAUCAUGACUAAGAAUUUGUCAGGACUUGCAGCAGAUAAUGCUGACAUUGAAAAGGAGAGAUCCAAGUCCUUAUCAGUUUUUGGAGUUUUAAUAUCGUCAAAGCUUCGAGCCUCCCAGCUAUCAUUUGAGAAAGCACUAGAGACACUCGUAGAAAUAGCUAAUAUGCAAUCGUCAUUGUUAUAUUCUUUUCACCAACUUCAGAAUGUGGAAGAUACCAAAGAAUGANAAGUACCAUACCAGCUCCUUGUGGCUACUGCUGAAAUGCAUCGCAUUUGGAAAUAUUUCAGUAUUGGGAAUCCAGCAUUCGCUGGUUUGUUGUUCAAUUUAUUGAUGUAUCAGAAGACAGUGAACAGUUCCCUCAUUUUGCUGCAUAUAUUCUAACAUUGGUUAAUGGUUGGUUACACAUACGAAGAGGGAAGGGAAAACUGGUGUACAAACAGUUUAGGUUAAAUGAUUAAUUUACUAAUGGAAAAUAUUAUCAUUUUAUAGAAA